GGGCUCCCUUUGCCCCUCCCUUCUGGCCCCCAGCCCAGCUGUACCCAGGAGAGGAAGGGAGCCACUCUGAGACAGAAAACCCCUGGGUGACUCCACCAUGCCAGUCCAGCGCGUCAAAUCCGUGGGCAACACGCAGGCCCUCACCUCGCAGGUGGGCAUCAUCCGCCUGCUGGAGCUGCUCUUCGCCUGUGUCACCUUCAGCCUGGUGGUGCACCGGGGGGGCUGGGAUGGCCGCAAUGGCGACUGGUGCAUGUUCUGCUGGUGCUUCUGCUUCGCCGUGACGCUGCUGGUGCUGGUGGUGGAGUUCGCUGGCCUCCAGCACCGCAUACCCGUCUCCUGGAGGAAUUUCCCCAUCACCUUCGCCAUGUACGCCAGCCUCAUGUGCCUCUCGGCCUCCGUCAUCUACCCCGUCACCUACAUCCAGAACAGUGGUGUCCGCGGGCAGGUGAAGGACUACCACAUCGCCGCCACGGUCUUCUCCUGCCUCACCUGCCUGGCCUACAUGGCGGAGGUCACCCUAACCCGGGCCAAGCCAGGCGAGGUGACUGGCUACAUGGCCACCACACCCGGGCUGCUGAAGGUGGUGGAGACCUUUGUGGCCUGCAUCAUCUUCGUCUUCAUCAGCGACCCGGUUUCCUACGACCGCCAGGAGGCGCUGAAGUGGUGCCUGGCCGUCUACUGCAUCUGCUUCAUCCUCUCGCUGGUGGUCAUCGUGCUGUGCAUCGGGGAGUGCACCGGCUGGCUGCCCUGCGCCUUCAACAAGUUCUUGAGCGGCUACACGCUGCUGGCCGUGCUCAUGUACGCCACGGCCACCAUCAUCUGGCCCAUCUACAAGUUCGACCGCAAACAAGGUGGCCAACCCAACCGGCCCAGCUACUGCCAAAAUCAGAGCUUCUGCGACUGGGAUAAGCUAGUGGCCAUCGCCGUGCUGACGGCCAUCAACCUGCUGGUCUACCUAGCUGACCUGGUGUACUCCGCCCGGCUCAUCUUCAUCCAGGCCUAGCCAGGACACCAUGCCGGGGGCUGCUGGGCCAGCUGAGGGCUGGGCAGGGGUGGUCUCCAGAUCUCCUCCUGUUUCUUGUCCUUUCUUUCUCUUGCUUUCUUAUUUAUUCUGUCCUCUUUUCUUUCAUUUCCUCUCAUUCAAUUGUUCUUUUACUUUCUUUCCUGUCACAUUCAUUCAUUUUCUUUCUCUCUCUCUUUCAUUCCCAUUUAUUCCGUCUUUUAGCUCUUUCUCUUACUUUCUUUCGCUUGUUCUUUUGUUCUUUUCCCGUCAUUUAUUUUCUCUUUUAUUCUUUUUCCUUCUGUUCUCUCCUCUGUACUCCUGCCUAGCGCUCCGUCCAGGUGUACCACCCCCUCCUAAUAACAGUAUUAUCCUUUGUGACUUAGCCUGGCCCUGUAAAAAGCCCGUUGCUUCCCCUCCAUGGUGGCCAACCAACCAUUCUGUAUCUUUUAUCCAGCAGGUGGCAUGGCCAAUGAAAAAUCGAUGGCCUGAUUAGCAGGGACCCAGAGAUCACUGGAGUCUUUAAACCUUGCAUCUCCAAUCUGGGAGAAGAAAUGAGGGGGGAAAGAGGUGACAACUUCCCUUUAAUGGAAAUAUUUGUCUGGCUGUUGAAAACGCUUGCCUACCAAGUGUCUUAAAGGUAAUGUGUGCACUCUGGCACCUUCCUGACAAAAAGCCACCAGUGGUUAAACAGCACGCUGCCUUUAAUUAAAAUAUUUUUAGGAGGUCAGAAAUGUUCACCUGCUGGAAUCUUAAAGGAAAUGUGCAAGACCUGGCCAUGCUGAAAAGCACCCAGCCAUGCAUACAAAUAUUGGUCUGGAGAUCGACAGUCCUGGCCUGUUGGAGUCUGACAGGGUAAAUCAGGGAAUCAGCCCUAUAGCUGGAAAUAAUAAUAAUACCCCCAUUUGCUUGGUUCUUGAAUAUUUAUCCAGGGCUUUUCAAUGGUCUUGGCGGCAGCCGUUAUUUAAAGGCGAUGUCGCCGGACCCUGCGUACCGUGCCUCACAGUGCUAGAAUUUAGCUGGCUGCUUAAAUCUGUCCAGUCUCAAUCUUUGUAUCAUUCAUCUGAUUUUUUUAUACAUAUAUUUUUUACACUGGUAUAAGCGCAGACAAAACGUAUUAUGGUCCUUGUGGCAAGUGUUUGUUUCAUGAUUGACUUAGCAAAUUAUAGGGGGAAUGGCAUACCUUUAAAUAGAGGGAGAGAGAAAAUGGGAACGGAACAAUAAAUGACUGAAAGGUACUUUC